GUAAAGCAGAUCAUGGAAGAAGCUGUCACCCGGAAAUUUGUCCAUGAAGACAGCAGUCACAUCAUCGCCUUAUGUGGACCUGAAAUCCAAGCAAUUAUCAGAGUCACCAAACGUCACGAUUGCCAGCCCCAAGCAAUGAAAAAUCAUGAGUCAGAAAUCUUUUCCUUCAUGGCCCUAAAUUACAAGACUGGAUUAAAGUUCAUGACAGGAAAAUAAAAUCAACUGAGGAAUAGAAAUGUAUUUCUUAAAUACAUUUCUUAUCCAGACAUUCUUAUCCAGUGGUAUGCUUCAAGAUGGUAAAGCUUUCAGAAGAAUAUCAAAUAUCCGCAGACUUGCAGUAAAAUCGUGGAAGGCGGCAAUGUGGGAAACUCUUCUUUGUUUUUAAGGUGUUGUGGAAGCGUGUCUCCUGCACAUGCUGAAGCGCAGGGCUGCUGGCUUCCUGCGGACUGACAAGGUGGCUGCACUGUUCACCAAAGUUGGCAAGACGUAUGCAAUAGCUGGAGACAUAUGCAAGAAAGUGCAGGAACUGCAGCAGCAAGUAGAAAGCAGGAAAAAUCAGCCAAAUGGGCAGGAACCCCUCAAGAGGCAGGGAUCAACCACAAGCAAAACACCUGUCCUGACACCUCAGGCCAUCAAACACAUAUGGGUUCGGACAGCAUUGAUUGAGAAAGUGCUCGACAAGAUUAUGCAGUAUAUCGUCGAUAACUGCAGUAAAUAUUAUGAAAAAGAAGCUUUACUGGCAGAUCCUGUUUGUGGCCCAAUACUGGCUUCUCUUCUAGUUGGACCGUGUGCUCUGGAGUACACCAAGCUAAAAACAGCAGAUCACUAUUGGACAGACCCUUCAGCAGAUGAGCUUGUUCAACGACACCGGAUUCAUGGAGUACACGGCCGCCAAGACUCUCCUUCGAAGCGCCCAGCCCUGGGAGUCCGGAAACGACAUUCAAGUGGGAGCACGUCAGAAGAUCGCUUUGCUGCUUCGGCAAGAGAGUACGUGGAGUCUUUGCACCAGAAUUCCCGAACACACCUUUUGUAUGGAAAAAACAAUGUCUUAGUCCAGCCGAAAGAUGACUUGGAGGCAAUUCCUGGGUAUCUCUCCCUUCAUCAGUCAGCAGAUAGUUUGACAUUAAAAUGGACUCCAAAUCAGCUGAUGAAUGGAACCCUUGGAGAUUCAGAGCUGGAGAAAAGUGUUUACUGGGACUACGCAUUAAUAGUGCCACUCAGCCAGAUCGUCUGCAUUCACUGCCAUCAGCAACCAGAAAGCAGAUGGACAUUAGUCUUGGUGAGUCAGGAUGGAACUCAGAGACCUCCGCUGCACUUCCCCCAAGGAGGUCACCUCCUCGCGUUUCUCUCCUGUCUGGAAAAUGGUCUUCUGCCUCAUGGUCAGCUGGAACCACCACUUUGGUCCCAACAGGGCAAGGGUAAGGUAUUUCCAAAGCUUCGAAAACGGAACAGCAACAAAUCAGUGGACCUAGAGGAAAUGCCAGCUGAAGAUACUUCUACAGACUAUGUGUUCAGAAUUAUCUAUCCAGGACACAAGCAUGAUAACAUAACUAUUAACUACCACCACUUAGCUGCCAGCCGCUCUACCUCUGUUGACGAUGAUGAGGAGGAGGAAGAUAAGCUACACGCAAUGCUAUCAAUGAUCUGCUCUCGGAACCUCACAGCUCCUAAUAGGAUGAAAGACACCAGCGAAAUGAUAGAGAUGCAAGGCUUUGGGGCAAACUUGCUUUCGUGGCAGCUGGAGCACUGCAGCCAAGGCUCCUCAUGUGUCUCCUGUUCAACGGGCAGCUCUCCCUAUGAUAUACCCAGCUGUUGCAACUGCAUCCAUGAUAGAACUCCAUUAAAGAUGUUGUGUGAAAGCAUGAAGAGGCAAAUAGUUUCCAGAGCCUUUUAUGGAUGGCUUGCCUACUGCCGCCAUUUGUCAACAGUGCGAACACAUCUGUCUGCCCUCGUGAACCACACUAUUAUCCCACCUGACAAACCAUCCAGUGCUGCAGGCGGCCUGACUAAAGAGGUCUGGAGCAAGUAUCAGAAGGACAAGAAGAAUUACAAGGAACUGGAAUUACUUAGAAGAGUUUACUACGGCGGGGUACAGCAUGAGAUUCGAAAGGAAGUAUGGCCAUUCUUGUUAGGUCACUAUAAAUUUGGCAUGGCCAAAAAGGAAAUGGACCAGGUGGAUGAAGACAUUGCUCUCCGGUAUCAGAAGGUCAUGGCUGAGUGGAAAGCCUGCGAGGUCAUUGUAAAGCAGCGAGAGAAAGAAUCACAUUCCGCUACGCUGGCCAAGUUUUCAUCAGGCAGCAGCAUUGACAGCCAUGUCCAGCGACUGAUUCACAGGGACUCCACCAUCAGCAACGAUGUCUUUAUAUCCGUAGAUGAAACGGACUCAGUGGAGCGGGACUCAAAAGGUCAGGAUGACCCCACUUUCACCAUGCUGUCUGCCGACACACCAGCAGCAGUAGCUGCCGUAGAGCAACAAUCUGUGGAGUUUGACUCCCCUGACUCUGGGCUGCCGUCCUCGAGGAACUACUCCGUGGCCUCAGGCAUCCUGUCCAGUAUCGAUGACGGGCAGAGUGUCUCCUUUGAAGAUGGGGCUGAAGAAGAAGCUAGCACUGACUUGGAAAGGACUGAUUCAGACAUAUCACGUAUACAGAAAGCCAAGUCGGUUGUACUGCAGUCUCAGGAUUCUGUAUCAGAAGAGCAGCUGUGUUCCCAGGUGGAUUAUUUAAUGGAUGUUGCUUCUGUCUGCGCUGCAUCCUACACAAUAGAGUUAUUGGACACUGUUGCCUUAAAUUUGCACAGAAUUGAUAAAGAUGUCCAGAGAUGUGAUCGGAAUUACUGGUAUUUUACUGCCGAUAACCUGGAGAAACUCCGAAAUGUCAUGUGCAGUUAUGUUUGGGAGCACCUAGAAGUUGGUUACGUUCAAGGCAUGUGUGACCUCCUGGCUCCUUUGAUGGUUAUACUUGACAAUGAUCAACUGGCUUACAGCUGCUUCAGCCACCUGAUGAAGAGGAUGAGCCAGAACUUCCCCAAUGGAGGUGCUAUGGAUACACACUUUGCCAACAUGCGGUCCCUAAUCCAAAUUCUAGACUCAGAGCUUUUUGAAUUGAUGCACCAGAACGGAGAUUACACGCACUUUUACUUCUGCUAUCGCUGGUUCCUGCUUGACUUUAAAAGAGAAUUGUUGUACGAGGAUGUAUUUACAGUGUGGGAAGUUAUUUGGGCAGCAAAGCACAUCUCUUCAGAACAUUUUGUCCUUUUCAUUGCCUUAGCACUUGUGGAAGUUUAUCGAGAGAUUAUCCGUGAUAACAACAUGGACUUCACUGAUAUCAUCAAGUUUUUUAACGAAAUGGCAGAGCAUCAUAAUGCCGAGGAAAUUCUGAGGAUAGCAAGAGACCUUGUCUACAAAGUGCAGACACUGAUUGAAAAUAAGUGAUCAUGAACAGACUGUCAUUGUGGGCCUUGUUGUGAGCUAUCGGAUGGAGUAUUUCUUGCACUGUAACUUCAAAAUGGUGUUUUAAUUGCAUCUUCCAUGUAAUGUAAUAAAUAUCAAAGAGAUUUGUAACAGACUUUUAAAAUCAGAACUUUUCCUUCACCAGAUAAGGUUUGUGUUUGAUAGUCCUUGUUACACUCACUUUGUAUUUCUAGACAAAAUCUUUUUGCAUUCUCUUAUUUCCCUCUCUAGAAGACCGUCUAUCUACAUAUUUGAGAUAUUAAAAAGGGGGGGGAUUUGACAUACUAGAACAUUUAUAUUUUGACUUACUGCACCUUUAAAGCCUGGAUGCACAUUGUGUGCUCUGCCAGAACCUUCCAUGGAGGUAAGGCCGGUUCCAAUACUCACCAAGAAGUGUUGCAAGCAUUGAAUUGGGUCCUUGGUGGAGCAUGUUUGUGGACUCAUUGUCUAUGCCUUGAACAUGGAAGAGAAUGUGUAUGAGCUCCUGUUGCUAAAACAUUUAGCAGGAUAUUUAGCAGCAAUUAAAGUAAAUAAAGUUACCAGCUGGGAGAAUGGCCUUAAACUAAAUAACAUAGUUAAUAUGAGCAGUGAAGAUCUGGCAACAUUAGCUAAAAACAUCAGUUAGCCUUUGCUGACUAGCUCAUGCUAUUGAGUCUUCAUGGCCUACACAUGCCACAGACAUGCCUUCAUUUUACUUUGCAAACUUACUCUGCAAAUAUUCCCAGAUGACAGGAUCUGCCUAAUGUAGUUCAGGUUAACAAGUUUAGCUCACAGAAACAGGUCCCCUGCUCAUGUUAGCAGCUCCCACGCUCUUUGCGUCUGUGCAGAGUGCCAUGAAGUUCAGAUCCUACAUCACAGAGCAGACACAGCAGAGCCUCGCCUCCUCCAGAUUACUCACUGCACACUACUAGCCUCCUCCUCCCUGCUCUGCAGAGCUUUCCAGGAGGACUUUCCUUGGGAUCCUGUGAACGCAAACCAGGCACGCAUCUACUCAAGCAGGUAUCAGCACUUGCCUGAUGAAGCAGUUUAAAUCAUUGCCCGGGAUCCGAUCCACUUUGCUGCAGCACCAUGCUGUUUUGUAGAGCCGUCCAUGCGCCCUGUGGAAGUUCUGUGCCACUUCUUUUCCUGCUUGGCCGCAUGCUUUAACUAGCAGCAUAUGCUUCACCCCAUCCUGCGUAGAGAGCAGAGGUGACUGAGGGUUAGCUGGGCUUCUGCCCUGGAGCUGCAAAUAGGUCUGUUGCUGUCCUAGCACUUCAUCACACUGUAUAAAAUUAACACAUGUACUCUACCUACCUUCCCAGGGUGCGUGUUGUUUCCAAGUAAAUUAUAUCUCUGUCAGCAAGAGGGAGGGAGGGAGCAGGUUUUUGCUAAUGCGGUUAGCUGCAGAUUUCAUGGAUACUCGUGACCUGUGCUCCUAGGAGACCUAGGGACUUAGUGUAAGCACUGCAUGUAUUCCAAAGUAUUCCACCCUUUGCCAUUAGAACCUCAGCAAUUUUUAAAGAGAAAAAAAAAGUUUUAAUCUGAAUAUUUGUUUCUGCUUCUUGGGUUGUUUUUUUUUUUAAUCCUUCAGAGCAGACAGCUUUGUUUCCAUUCAACCUUGUAGAGAAACAACUCUGUGUGCUUUUCAUAGAAUGGUUUGGGUUGGAAGGGAACUUUAAAGGUCAUCUAGUCCAACCCCCCUGCAAAGAGCAGGGACAUCUUCAACUAGAUCAGGUUGCUCAGAGAAGUUUACAUGAAUUAUAUCAGCUCACAUGAGCUUUUAACAUCAUAUUUUAGCAAAAAAGAGGUGUAGGGAAUAAAAUUAUCCUGUUUGAAGAUUCAAAUACCAAUAGGAGGUAUUUAGUAACUCUAGUCUUGUGAUUACCUGAGCAGUGGGCACUCUUGCUCUUUGCACUAGGCAAGUGCUGCCUUGGGAUCCUCACGAGCUGAGCAUUACUUGCACAAGAGGGUAGAUUUGGUUCUAGAAAGACCAUCUGUGCUUAGAUCUUCCUUUAUGACUGCAGUAAACUAAAAAUGGUAAAUAAUAGUCCAAAAAGGGAAAAAAUGCACACAAAGUGCUUCUCGGCUCAAUAGCCAAGCCCUCCCUUAAAUUGGUCUCCAAAAAUUUGAGGGGAGGGUAAAAAAAAAAAAAAAAAAAAAAGAAAACCACCAAAAACAAAACCCAAACCAGAAGUCCCCCAUUGCUGGUGUAGCCAGAUGCCUUCAGGGACAAGCCUGUUGUUCUCUGGGCUCACAAGGGUCACAAAACAGAAGCAAGAACAGAUGAGCCCACUCAGUUCUGAGAGAGAUGCUGCAGAGGAGGCUGUUGGGAAGGAAACCCCCUUUCUGCGCAUUACAGUGCUAAAAUAACAACAGUGGGAGUUACAGAAGGAAAAAGUUAUGAUAAGCUCUACUGCCCACCCCCGCACCUCCAGGAGUUAGGGUGUGCUCAGGACCAGGAGCCAAGAAGUUGUGCUGCAGGCAUGCUCGCAGUCUGAUCUCAUUAUUAUUUAUAGCUGUGUGUCCAACUGUUUUAUAGGCCAGUGCAUGGUUGCUGAAAGGUCUCAAAAGCACUUCAGUUUGUGUGUCUGUUGGUUCACUUGAAAACUGAAAUAGUAUUUUUCAAAAAAAUUGACAAGAGCGAGAAAACCCUCCAAAUCGGAGCCUGAGGAAGUGAUGUAAAAAAUAAAACUGCACUAUUUUUCUUUGGUAUGUUGGGAAUGUACCAUACAACUCUGUUUAAAAAAAAAAAAACAAACCCACACCUCUGCAAACUUUGUUGUAUUUGUUAUAACAUUCUGUCUAAUUGUAUUUUAUGAAUAUUGUGUAUUGACUUAUUUAUUUUUGUUGGGAGCAGACUAUUGCUCAAUUAUUUAUGUUUAAAUGUAACAUAUGAAUAAAUACUUAUCAUCAAGGCA